ACACACCGUAUAGAUCUUCUGCACUCGUUUCAUGUAGGUGAGCCACAGCGUCGAAAACAAAGAUUCUGAAACAAUUGUUUCCUAGCCGUCCAUUUCAUUCAUACAUUUGCAACCCGAUCUCUCACACGCGUCAGCGGGGCAGUUCUCCGCGCGCGUGUGGGCUUGGCCAAACCCCGACUAUUAAUGAAGAAGAGAGGGAAAGGGGAUUGAAAGAAAGAGCGCUCCAAAAAUCUCCGCUAUGAGAGGAAUUGGAAUUCCCUGCAGAAGCAGCAUUUCCAUUUCUCCUUCUCUUCUCCUCCUCUCGCAGAAAACCCUAGCUUUCUCUCCUUCCUCUCUCUUUCCCAAAUCCUCCCCGUUUCUCAGAAAAUCCAAUGCCCUCUCUGCCCGAUCUCUCAUAAUUGAGGCCGUCGAAGGCGAGACUGUCGAAGAGAAGGUAGCCGAUGCAGCGAAGCCCGUGGCUCGCCGUAUGAUUCUUCUCCGCCACGCUGAAAGUUCAUGGGAAGAUCGUUCAGUGAGAGAUCAUGAUCGUCCUCUUAGUAAAGCUGGAAGAGCUGAUGCUGUCAAUGUUUCUCAAAAGCUUCAACAGAUGGGUUGGGUACCUGAACUUAUUUUGUCUAGCGAUGCUGCCCGAACGAAGGAGACGCUUCGAAUCAUGCAGGAGCAAGUGCGAGGCUUUUUAGAAGCUGAGGUGCAUUUCAUUGCAAGCUUCUAUUCAAUUGCAGCAUUGGACGGGCAGACUGCUGAACACCUCCAACAGACUAUCUGCGAAUAUUCAAGGGAUGAGAUACUUACAGUCAUGUGCAUGGGACAUAACAGGGGUUGGGAAGAAGCAGCUUCAAUGUUUUCUGGUUCUGCAAUAGAAUUGAAGACAUGCAAUGCUGCCCUGCUCGAAGCGUCAGGAAAAUCCUGGGAUGAGGCAUUCACGUCAGCAGGACUCGGCGGUUGGAAGCUCCAUGGCAUUGUGAAACCCAAUACAGUUUUGUAAAAAGCCCAUUUCAGUUUUUUGAAAUUAUUAAUCAGUUGACCACACUUAACCAUUCGUCAUCCAACAUUCAGCUCUCUCCAAGAUGCUUAUCCUGCUCAGAUUCCUCCGUCCAUGCAUAUAUUGAUAUAGCAGACCUCGAAGCCAUUGUUUCAAAAAGAAAAAAAAAAAGAGAGAGACAGAGAGAGAGAGAGAAGAAUACACCAUUCUAAUAGACCUUGGGCAGUUCCCAUGUUGCACAAUCUGUUGUAUGCAAUGUACUGAGAACACCAGGUUCGUCUAAAGGAUGCGGUCCUUGUCAUUAGUUUGUAAUAAUGUAUCUGGCCUUCUUUGUUUUCUUUUUACGGGUUCUGAUAGGGUUCGGUACGGGGGGCCUGUUUCCACCCCCGACUGCAUCUCAAAUGACAUGAUCGGAACCAUUCAUUUUCUCCAUUCUAUGCUACCCAGGUCGGUUGUGUAUGAAGAUGAAUAUUUAAUGGGUCAUAUUAAAAUACAGGAUUCAAAGGUCGGGAUCAUCAAUGAAGAAUUAUUAUAAGACCAUAGAUUCUAUAUGA